CCUCGCCUGGAUACGAGAAAGCGUCGCUACGGAGAGAGGGAUGGGUCUGUGGUAGUUAAAAUACACUUCUGUUUACUUUCCCACGCAGUUAGGACAAUUUACUAUCAUGGCAGUUUAUGGAAAACGCUUCUCGGUCGUUGCGACAGCGACUCUACCAAGUUUGUAUAUACACGUUUUGGUGCUUCUAGUGCACUAAUCUAUGUUGGCAUGACAGAUAAAGAUUAGUUAGCAUGCUAGCGAGCUAGCCACACAGCCUCAGCAUCACAAAGCGACCACACCUGCCAGUGACAGGUACCUAGAAGUCAUGGGUAAACUACAGAGCAAGUUUCGCAAGAGGUCUGACCUCUACAGGGCAUCUCAGGGGGAGAAGGCAGAUAACACCUUUGACAGUCAGGUGGUGCAGUAUGAACCUGCCCAUCAAGGGUCCACCAACACUGUCACUAAUCUCAGCCCAGAUCUGUGUGUUUCUGGUGGAAGUGACCAGGCUGUGGUGGUGUAUGACUGGAAACAAGGCAGGAUGUGUCAGUCCUUCCAGGGUCACAACCGAGAGGUUACCAAGGUGGUGUGUUAUCCAGGCAGUACAUGGAUCUUUAGUGCCUCACGGGACAAGACUGUUCUGAUGUGGGACCUAAACCAGGGGGACGAACCCAUUCAGGAAUUUUGUGGCCAUGAAUUGGUGGUCAAUGGACUAGCUAUCAGCCCUGAUGGGAGAAAGCUGUGCACUGGUUCUCGUGACAACUGGAUGUGCCUGUGGGAUAUAGAAUCUGCAAAAUGUGAACACAGACUCAACAUUUCGAGAAACCUGGUGACUCAUGUGUGUUGGGUUCCUAGCAGCUCCUCUAUAGUUCAGACCUCCGAGGAUAAGACCAUAAGGGUGUGGGACAGCCGUGCAUGGCAGGUGACCAAUACUUUUCCAGCCAAGCAAUACAUCCAGACCCACUGUGACGUUUCUGCAAAUGGCAACUACUUGGUGUCCAGCAGCAACGGCUUUGGAGGUCAGGGCGGUGAAGCCACGCUCUGGGACCUGCGUCAGCCCGGCUGUAAAGUUGUGGAGUACAGAGGUCAUGUCCAGACCACCGCCUGCUGUAUGUUUCUGCCUACACCUCUUGGUGGCACAGCUCAGGUAGCAACAUCCUCCCAUGACUGUUCCAUUAAAAUCUGGGAUCAGAACACAGCAGUCUGUUUAGGGACGUUGUCUCUGGAUAGUGCUGGUCCACUGAUUUGUCUGGCUCCCACUGACUCAACCGAUCUGCUGUGUGCCAGCUUCAACAACGGCCUCCACCAUAUCCAGGUGGGCCACGGAUCAAACCAGGCUCAGGUUUCUGGGGCAGGUUUAGGUGGAGCUGGUAGCCUGGACAUGAAAGUUGUGGCACGCUUCUGACAGCCCAGAAGAGCCUGGUGUGACUCGUAUGCUCGUAACCCAGACCUGUGAACGGCCAGUGACUCUGCAAGCAGUAUCACUGGAUAUGGACAUCAUGUCAGUGCUUUUAUUUUUACAAUUUUACAUAUUUCUAUAGACAUUUUUGCUUUACUAGACUGCAAUACAGUGAAUAAUGACAGAAGAGAUCAGUGAGAAAAGGAGUGGAUGAUAAUGACACGUAUGGAGGAUGCACCUUUUGUCCAGCAAAGCCACCUGCAUGGCCAUCGUAGCUGCUCUUCUUGGGGAAUGGUCUGUAAGUCAUAUUACCCAUUAAUUGAUGAGACUAUAAAGAUCUAAGUGAUCCUGCUUGGAUUGCUGCCUUCUUGGACAGAACCAGAAUAGCUGGGGUUUACUCUGUUUUGUACACUACUUCAGCUAGGUGGAUUUGACGAGAUGCUUCAUGCACAUGUUGUAUUGCCUUUAUUGGUGGUGUUGAAUACAUGUUUGGAGGACAUCCUAAUGGGGCAGGUUUUAGUGUUGAAAAUGUGGAAGCACUCUUAGAGCAGGAAAAUCAGCUAUUUGGUCAGAUGUACUAUGAUUUUUCCUGGAUAACAUGCAGUCUUGUUUGUUAAACAUGUUGUGGUUGUUUUUAUCACCAAACAGAGUAAUGCUAAACACGUGUAUGUGGAUAUGUAACCUUUGAUUAGUUUGUACUUUAGCUUUAACCUGUCAAGUGUUGGACCAAAUCAAUACCUAUGACACAAGACUGUAUAAACAUUAGCUUUUUUUUUUUAGGUAAAAUUCUAUUCAUAAUGUUUUUUAAAAAUAAAUAUUCCAAUAUUUUUGAACUGAAGCUGCCGAUAGCUGAUGUUUGGUGCCGAUAUCCAAUAUAUUUAAAUUUGAAAAGUACUAUGCAAAAUACUGAGUAAUUACCUUUUUUAAUAAAAUAGUGUUUGAAUAAACAAAUGGGUAUAAAAUAUAUUGCAAAUGCAAAAGAAAGCUGCUCUGCGACCUACACAUAAACAUAUAUAAAUCCUGCUACCAGUUAAGAUAUUGUUUGAUCAACAUUGAUUGAGGUAUUAGAUUUUAUUUAAUAUGGUGUCGCUACUGUGCUCUUAAUAACUACUGUGUUAGGAUUAGCAAUCCAGACCGCUGUAGUUUAGCCAGCAAAUUCUAAUGUAAAAAUAUAAUUAGCAGCCUUAAGUGAGUUUUAAGUGAAUUUGGCCGCACAUAACACACACACAUUCCUACCUUAACUGAUUUUUGUCAGGAGAUGAGUUAAACCACUCUUCUAUUUGAAGUGUAAAUUUAAUACAGAUUAAGUUUCAGCAACUUAAAACAAUUACAUAAUUUUCCUUUUUGUUUGUGGUUAUCCUGGGUACCAUCUCUCCCAAAGACAGUGGUUGCUAUAUCAUCAAAUUCCAUUUUAGAGAAUUAUCUGCAGCUAGAACAACAAAAUGGACAGGCUAUAGUUCAAAGUAACCAGUUCAGCGGUAAUGUACUAUCAGGUGAUUCCAAAUGCACUCAUGUAGAUAUUUGUCACUCUAAACAUCCCCAGUUGAUUUGAUCUAUCAGUGUUUAUACACUACGAUUAAGCAAUAAAUAAAUAUAUCAUUUUA